UCUCUCUGACGCCAACAUGAUCCUGGUAAGAUAUUUCUGUACUUCUGUACCAGUCCUCUAUAUUCUCACAAGCUCUAGUGAUAGAGGUUUUUAGAGUGCCACCCUCUAGCUGUUCAAUACUUUGUAUAACAUUUCAGUAAAGUUUUACACCGUAUUAAAAACCAUGUUUAAAUUUAGAGAAAUUUCGCGAGGCUAAAAAUUUGUGAAAAACUGUUACCAAAAUGACUUCUUUGCUCUUGAACACUUCGGAAAGUAAUUCAUUUCUCGUCUUGCAGGAAGUAGUAUUUUGUACUUUGUUGGUUGUUGUGGGAGCCGAUAAGCGUCCGUCUACAUCUUACGGAGUACCCGCCAGGGGAAGUGGAGGCUUCACUGCGGGAUCCAGAGGAGGCUUUGGUAUUUCAUCAGUUAGAGGUUCGGCAGGUGGCUUUGGGACCUCAGCUGGUGGAGCAUUUGGAGGGUCAGCUGGAGGAAGAUUCGGAGCAUCAUCUGGUGGAGCCUUUGGAGGUUCUGGUGGGGGAGGCUUUGGAAGACCAGCUGGUGGAGCCUUCGGGGGUUCAGCUGGUGUAGGUUUCGGGGGAGCUGGCAGUGGAAGUUCUCUUAGUGGAAGUUACACUCCUACAGGUCCCGUAGUCCCCAUCUUAGUAGAUGACCGUCAGGGACCUGAUGAGUAUGGAAACUACAAUUUCAACUUUGAAACUGGUGAUGGCAUCAGUCGUCAGGAGCAAGGCGCCCCUCAGGGUCCAACUGGUGCUGUGGCAGCACAAGGAGGAUGGACAUUUACUUUCCCCGAUGGAACUCCCGCUGCUUUCAACUUCAUAGCAGAUGAAGGUGGUUACCGCGUGGAGUCUGACCUGGUGCCCACACCUCAUCCUCUUCCCGCCCACGCUAUCGCCCAGAUCGAGAAGGCUCGCCAGGAAGACGCUGCUGCAGCUGCCGCAGGUGGACGAGGGUCAUACAGUGAUGCUUCAAGUUCUGCGCCUCAGUUUACUGGAGCACCUGCUAGAGGCUUCGGUGGUUCACCUGCUGUGGGUCGGUGCUUCACCUGCUGGUUGUGCUUCACGGGUGCGUCUUCACCUGCUGGUGGCUUCGGUGCUUCACCUGCUGGUGGCUUCGGUGCUUCACCUGCUGGCGGCUUCGGUACUUCACCAAGUAGCUUCGGAACCUCACGCCGUGGUGGCGCUCCUGUGGCUCCCAGUAGAACUUACGGUGCCCCAUAAGCAUUACUCUUUAUCGUACGAAUGACUCCAUCAUUCUUGAUAGGUAUUCAUUAGAUAUUUUCUCACUUGAUACCUCGUUCUGUUCUGACUUCUAAGUCACUCCAAUUUCAUGAUUCAAGUCCACUAAUCUUGCCACACACAUUCUGUUAUUGGACGCUGCAUUGACAAUAAAUACGCUUAUUACUUUUAUUGUUACGUAUUUAAUAAAAAUAAAAUGAUUUUAAAUAUACGUUUUUCUAUAUAUAAAAUUCCAAUGACUUAAUUCCUAGAAACAUUGCCUUACAAGAAUAAAAACAAAAGUUAAUGCAUUGGUAAUGUGUUUA